AUGAGACUUCUCAUUCUCUUAACCUGGCUUUUCACAGGCUCAGCAUUCUCGGCGCGACUCACAAAUCCCAAGAAAGUCCCUCGCGAUGCGGUCCUGCUCUCCAAAGUCUCUGCGCUCACCGUCCGGGCUGGUAAACAGACUUCGUCCCGCCGUGUUCCAGCCGUGCCUCAGUUACAAUGCGUCGGGCCGUCGAAGAUCUGCAGUCUGUACACCGUCGAUGUGAUACGCUGUGUAAACGAAGGUGUCGAUUACGAUGAAAACAACGUCCAAUGGAGCUGCAAGGCGUCCUUGCCGGAAGAUUUUAAACUGGGCAGCACAGAUGUAAUUUGUGAGGGCUACGAGAGCAGUGACGACCCUUACGUUUUAAAAGGUAGCUGCGGUGUUGAAUACAGACUGCUGCUUACCGAGAAAGGGGAAGAGAAAUACGGUUCGGCCAAAAACUUUGGUUCGGACUUCAUGAACGAGCAUACAACGGCGUCAACCCUAGCAGCUUCGGCAUUCAUGAUUGUAUUUUUCGUUGUGCUACUCAUCAUCAUCUAUCGUUUUUGGAGGGCGUGGAGAGACCAGGCUCCUCCGAGACGACCACCGCGACGCGGCGGAGAUGGUGGCUUUGGAGGAGGAGGAGGUGGCGGCGAUGAUCAUGACCCCCCUCCACCUUACGAGCCUCGUCCUCCACGUCCCAAGAAACCUACGUGGACAUCCAGUUCGAGCGCCGGACCAAGCUCUACAGGACGUGCACAACCUCGCCAGGCAGAAGGUUGGCGACCAGGUUUUUGGACGGGAACUGCCGCCGGUGCUGCUGCAGCCUUCCUCGCUUCGAGAGGUACUCAGACAGAUCCCGAGCCACGGCGAAGAGACACCGGAUGGUUCGGUAGAAGGAGAGACGACCUCUGGCUCGGAGGCCGCAAUGAUAAUAACAACCAAGGUGGUUGGUUUGGUCGCGGGAAUGGAACAGGUGCCGUGCCUAGGCAGUCGUCGUGGGGAUCUGGAACUGAAAGCGCGAGUCCCUCGUCGACUCGUCAUACAAGCACGGGAUUUGGAGGCACUAGAAGGCGUUGA